AUGGAGUUACACCAGGUAUCUGAUCUGACCAAGUGCCGACUUUUAGCUUCAACUUUUAGGGGAAACGCCCACCAAUGGUUUCAGAAGAUCGGACCGGGUAGCAUUGGGUCAUGGGAGCAGAUGCGUAGGAUGUUCCUCACUCAGUUUCAAUCAUCAAUCCAUUAUGCCCCACCUGUUACCACUUUAGCCAAUAUCAGACAGAAGGAAGGAGAGACACUUCAAGCCUAUUUCCGAAGGUUCAACGCUGAAGUCCCACAGGUAAGGGGAGCAACCGACGAGACCGUUAAGAAUUUCUUGAUAGCGGGAGUAAGAGUAGGCACGGACUUUUGGAAGGCACUUCAGAGGAAAGAGCCACCUACACUAGCAGCCCUGUAUCUCUUGGCGGAACCAUAUAAAAGGGAGGAAGAGGCUCUCGCAAGUAUUACCAGACAUGACGCCAGUUCAUCAAGGACAUCUAGGCAAAGGAAGAGAGAUAGGACGCCUAGUCCUAGGAUGGAGAAAAAGAAUACUGUCAACGCCCUUGAUGUCAGACCUGUCUCGGAAGAACGGAACAGCCCACCACGCCAACCUAGCCCCAUAAGAAGAAGGUCAGAUAUCGAUCAUUACACUCCCUUGGUUGCAUCUAUUGAACAUAUAUUCGAGGUGAACAAGAAAUCAGGGAUCUUUAAGAAACCAAACCCACUGACCUCUACUCAAGUCAAAGAUAAGAAGAAGUUCUGUGCCUACCACGAAUCACAUGGUCAUGAUACCCACGAGUGUCGCCAACUUAAGGAAGAGAUUGAACAGUUGAUCAGGAAUGGUAAGCUAACGGAUUGGGUUGUUAGAGAGGUGAGAAAGCAUAAGGAUACUCCCAUCAUCACUUUAGUACCCGAAGCCGAGUCUGAAGUACCUGCAUCAAGUGGGAGGAGACAACAGGAGUGCAAUGGAUAG